AUGGCACCUCACCCCUUAGACAUCCUCUCAGCAGAGGAGACCAACAGUGCUCGUGACCUCAUUCUUGGUCUCCAUCCCGACGCUGUGCUGAGCUUUCGUGAGAUAUACUUGGAUGAACCGCCAAAAGAGCAGCUCAUUCAAUAUUUGUUGGCAGAGCACUCUGGGAGGAAUGCUGCUCCCCUACCUCGACGUGCUCUGGUGCAGUACGAUGUCAUCGGGGCCGAUAGGGUCCCCCAGUUCCACGAAGCCAUUGUCGAUCUCGAUGAACAAAAAAGGGUCUCACAUGUUGUAGUCGACAAGUCUCAGCAUGCAAGCUUGACGCUCUCGGAAUUUGACGUACUCGUCGAGGUCUGCAAGGCCUCUCAAAUGUUCAAAGACAUCUGUGCCGAGUUCACACUGCCAGAGGGAUUCGAGGUCAUCGUCGAACCAUGGCCGUAUGGUGGCUUGUCUCCAGACGAGGAAAACCGACGCUACUUCCAGGGUCUGUGCUUUGCUCGAGACACAAGACCUGGCAACCCUGACUCGAAUUUUUACGCCUAUCCUUUGCCUUUCAUACCUGUCAUGGACGCGCACAAAAGAGAAAUCAUCCGAAUCGACCGACUUGCAACCGGUGGCAAAGGCGAUGCGCUGGAUGCAAAGACGCACGCCAAGAAUAUCAUCGACCAUUGCAAGACCUCCGAAUAUGUGCCCGAGCUCCUGAGAAAUGGCACCCGGAAGAACCUCAAGCCUCUCAACGUGCUGCAACCAGAAGGUCCUUCCUUCUCGGUAGACGGAGGGCUGAUUGAAUGGCAAAACUGGAGAUUCCGUGUCAGUUUCAACCCGCGAGAAGGCGCGGUGGUACACGACGUUCAUUUUGGCGGCAGAAGCGUGAUCCACAGGCUGAGCAUUAGCGAAAUGACUGUACCUUAUGCGGAUCCUCGGGGGCCUUUCCCUCGGAAGCAGGCCUUCGACUUCGGUGAUGGCGGAGCAGGAAACUGUGCCAACAACCUCUCCCUGGGCUGUGACUGCCUUGGAGUCAUCAAAUACUUCGAUGGUAUCGUUACCGGUCCAGAUGGCACCGCCAAAAUCGCCCCCAACGUCAUCUGUCUGCACGAACAAGACAAUGGUAUUGGGUGGAAGCACACGAAUUGGCGGACGGGACGUGCUGUCGUCACACGGUAUCGUGAGCUGGUUGUCCAGUUCAUCAUCACCCUAGCCAAUUAUGAAUACAUCUUCGCCUACAAAUUUGACCAGGCAGGUGGAAUCACCGUUGAAACUCGCGCGACGGGUAUUGUGUCAGUCGUCAACAUCGAUCCAGGAAAGACCAGCCCAUACGGAAAUGUCGUGUCACCCGGCGCGCUGGCACAGAACCAUCAGCAUGUUUUCUGUGUUCGCAUCGACCCGGCCAUCGACGGGUACAAAAACACCGUCCUCGCAGAGGAGUCACAUCGCGUGCCGAUCAACAAAACGACCAAUCCGCAAGGGAACUUUUACGAAGUCCGACAGACGGUCAUCGACAAAAGUUCCUGCCUAGACGCCGCCCCGCAGUACAACCGGGUCAUCAAGAUGGUCAAUAGGAGCAAGACCAACCCCAUCAGUGGCAAACCGGUCGGGUACAAGUUCACACCGGCGGCGACGCAACUGCUCCUUGCGGACCCCGAUUCCGUCCAAUCCAAGCGGGCGCUAUUCGCACAGCAUCACGUCUGGGUGACCAAACACCUCGACGGCGAGCUGUACGCCGGCGGCAGAUAUACGUUGCAGAGUCAAAAUGAAAUCGGCGGUGUUGCCGACGCCGUGAAGCGCAACGAGCUGGUCGAGGAUGAGGACGUCGUGGUGUGGAAUGUCUUUGGACUGACCCAUAAUCCCCGAGUGGAGGAUUGGCCCGUCAUGCCGGUUGAAAUCCACCAGCUGCACAUCAAGCCCACGGACUUUUUCACCGAGAACCCGGCUAUCGACGUCCCAUCGACAAAGAAUGACUCGUCUGUGUUGACGAAUGGAAGCGCGCAUGUCGGAAAUGGUUGUUGUAAUUGA